AUGAAGUACACCUACGACAUUGUCCAGUGGGACAGAUUCAACUGGUACCCAACAAUGGUUUUCUGCGACAUGGAUCCCGAAGCUCUUGAACGUCACUCUGCCCACAUUCGUGAUUUGUGUUUCUAUCAGCCCUUGAUAUGGCAAUACCGCAGCCCAGCAAAGCGAUUCAAAGAGAUACAUCUUCACCCGGCCGGAGACUGGAUGGUACCCAAUGCUCUCAAAUUCGUUUUCUGCGCCAUCAACCGCGCAAGACGUGGGAAGAAGAUCUUCCUUGAGCUGCCCAAGGACUUUACGCUUGCAGUCCAGGUGCAUCAGGUCUUGAUUGUUUUGCAGGUUGAGGAUUGCAUUGGUCCUAUGCACGGCCAUGUCAGACAAAUCAUCAGAGAGAGGCCGCUGACUACCAUGGAGCUCGAGACUGUCUGGUCUUGUCUCAGGUUUAUCGCUCCGAAGAUCCAUGAAUUCGCUCUUCAGAUGCGAUUCGAGCAAUCAAAACAGAUGUGGUCUUUGGGACCAGUGAUCGAAGAUCAAGAGGCGAAAGAGAGAGUGGUCGAACAUGACACGGACAUGGCAACAUCAUCAGCAGAAGACACUCUAGUCGGCACAGAGUCAGACCCAGACGCAAAGAUGAUCGCAGAAGACAUCGACACUGACCCAGAAGACAUUUGCUAUGAUGCAGACGAAGAAUCUGCUCAAGAAGCCGAGGGAUUCAUCACAGACUUCGAUCUCCGACGCACCACCAGCGAGCCUUACUUCAAGCAAAUGUACAAAAUCGACAUCAGCGCAUUUCGUGAAUGCGAAGACGAAGAGCCAGAACAUUGA